CAUGCAUACACGAGCGCUAUUAGAGACCCUUGGAAACUAGGCACCUGGCAUAUAGUCUAAGCUACUUGCUCUUCUCGCGAUACCAUCAAUACGCACUUACUGAGAGAGAACACUAUAUAAGAGGGAGCCCGCGACUUAGGCAAUUAGUAUCAAUUUAAAGAUGGCCGACACGAAAGCAGCCCCAGUGGACCCAUCCUACACCGUCCCACUCCUCAUCAACGGUAAAGAAGUCACUACUACGACCACCUUCCAAGUCGUUUCUCCUGUAUCCCAUAAACAACUAUGGCAGGCAUCCUCGGCCUCGCUGGAAGAUGUGAAGGCUGCUGUAUCAGCAGCACAAAGUGCCUUCCCUGCUUGGUCAAAGAUGAAGCCUGCUGCGAAGCGCGCCAUCUUCACGAAAGCCGCCGACAUCAUCGAUGCGCGGACGGCUGAGCUCACAGAGAUAAUGAACAGUGAGACCGGCUCGGUGUCAGCUUUUAGUGAAGGCUUCAUCGUGCCAAAGACGGCCGACAUGCUGAGAGACGUUGCAGGAAGAUUGGGGACGGUCAUGGGACACGUUCCUACGUGUGAAGAGGAGGGACAAAGUGCGCUUAUUGUGAAGGAGCCAUACGGUGUUGUGCUUGGGAUUGCGCCCUGGAAUGCACCCUACUUACUCGGUAUGCGCGCGAUUCUCUAUCCUCUUGCAGCAGGGAACACCUGCAUUCUCAAGGGAUCCGAACUUAGUCCCCGCAUAUGGUGGGCCAUCGGAAACAUCCUUACACAAGCUGGCUUACCAGCCGGGGCACUCAAUGUCCUUUUUCAUAGGCCAGAGGACGCCGCCCCGAUUACUGCCGCAUUGAUCGAGCAUCCUGCUAUCAAGAAGAUUAACUUUACGGGAUCGACGUCUGUGGGCCGAAUUAUCGCUUCUCUCGCAGGCAAAAACCUUAAGCCCGUUCUCUUGGAACUGGGCGGGAAAGCAAGUGCCAUUGUGCUUGACGAUGCUGAGCUAAAGAACGCAGCUGUCCAGUGUGCCCUUGGCGCAUUCUUGCAUUCUGGACAGAUUUGUAUGAGCUCAGAGCGAAUUCUGGUACAUAAAGAUAUCAAACCAAAGUUCAUUGAAGCGUUUAAAGACGCCGUGGAGGGGAUUUUCGGUGGAGAAAAUCCGGCCCCAGUCCUCGUAACCCCAGCAGGUAUCGACAAGAACCGACAUUUGAUUACCGAAGCAGUCAAAGCCGGUGCGCAAGUCGUGCAUGGCGACCCUAACAAGGAUGAGCUCCACCCGGAGACGAAAGAGGUCUCCAACACAAGGAUGCGACCGGUCAUCGUCGACGGUGUCAGGAAGGGUAUGGACUUGUUCUAUACAGAGUCAUUCGGUCCGUCGGUAUCGGUCAUCGAAAUCUCCAGUGACGAAGAGGCUAUCCAGAUUGCCAAUGACACCGAUUACGGACUGUCCGCCGCUGUGUUCACCGAGAACCUUGGGCGAGGUUUGAGAAUUGCGAAGCAAAUCGAAAGCGGCGCCGUUCACAUCAAUUCGAUGAGUGUUCAUGACGAGGUAGCGCUGCCGCAUGGCGGUGCGAAGGCAAGCGGGUUCGGCCGCUUCAACGGCAGUUGGGGGAUCGAAGAGUUUUUGUGGUUGAAGACGAUCACAUAUAAGGACUAAGUCUGAUCUGAUGACCUGGAGAUGGAAAACACGUGAACGAACCAUGACUGGCAGGCGGGACAACUGUGUUCGAAUACUGCAAUGCCUUGCAUGCUAGACUCGCUUGGUGUGUACACAUGAGGGCUCUUCAACAGAUCGAAACAGAAUUUCUAUAAAAUAUGGUAAAGAUUAUGAAACCCUCAUACCCUGGUGCAGCCGUUAGUGUCACAACUUGAUACCAAUUUGGUUUGUAAGACACCUAGGAAAUUCCUCGAAGAAGAGCAGGGCCGCCCACGCUCACUCGGGUUCAGUGGGGUCUCUCAUCUGUAACCCAAUUGCAGAUGGCCCUGCAUGCAAUCUUGUCACACAGCAUUUUGAUUGCGCUGACAGCGGGG